AUGAUUCCCGAGAUCAGUAGCAUGAACCUCCAAUGCAACAAGAAAUACCUUAUUCUAUUCAUCGACCUUGACGCCAUCCUACCAGGAACUCAUAUCCAAUCUGUCAUUCUACACUGGUACCAAGCAAACCUCAUGAUAGAUUGCACAAAGCCGACACCUCCUUCCACAAUCGUUCCUGGCAAGGACCACGGGGACAAAUAUAAUCCGGCAGCUUCGUACAUAGCUCCUCGUGCACCACCAAAUACUCACCACCGUUACGUGUAUCUCCUUUUUGCGCAGCCCCCAGCCUAUCAAUUCCCCUAUUGCUUCUCACAUGUGUUCCCGGAGACUAUUAGAGCCCGCGCCGGAUUCGAUAUCAGGAAGUUUGUGCAGGCAGCAGGGUUGGACCCUCCCAUUGCCAUGAACUAUUUCAUUGGUAGACAUGAACCUACCGAGGGCGAGACAACCACGAUGCCCCAGAGUGCGACAAAGACCUCGUUCCGUUCCGUAGAUUGUCCCACGAGAACAGCCGGGUUGGUGUCAUGA